AUGCCGGUGGCGAGCGCUCCCAUUCAUGCCACACGUGCCGUGUCGGUGGCGACCGCUCCCAUUCACACCACACGUGCCGUGUCGGUGGCGAGCGCUCCCAUUCACACCACACGUACCGUGUCGGUGGUGAGCGCUCCCAUUCACACCACACGUACCGUGUCGGUGGCGAGCGCUCCCAUUCACACCACACGUGCCGUGUCGGUGGCGAGCGCUCCCAUUCACACCACACGUACCGUGUCGGUGGCGAGCGCUCCCAUUCACACCAUACGUACCGUGUCGGUGGUGAGCGCUCCCAUUCACACCACACGUGCCGUGUCGGUGGCGAGCGCUCCCAUUCACACCACACGUACCGUGUCGGUGGCGAGCGUUCCCAUUCACACCACACGUGCCGUGUCGGUGGCGAGCGCUCCCAUUCACACCACACGUGCCGUGUCGGUGGCGAGCGCUCCCAUUCACACCACACGUGCCGUGUCGGUGGCGAGCGCUCCCAUUCACACCACACGUGCCGUGUCGGUGGCGAGCGCUCCCAUUCACACCACACGUGCCGUGUCGGUGGCGAGCGCUCCCAUUCACAACACACGUGCCGUGUCGGUGGCGAGCGCUCCCAUUCACACCACACGUGCCGUGUCGGUGGCGGGCGCUCCCAUUCACACCACACGUGCCGUGUCGGUGGCGAGCGCUCCCAUUCACACCACACGUGCCGUGUCGGUGGCGAGCGCUCCCAUUCACACCACACGUGCCGUGUCGGUGGCGAGCGCUCCCAUUCACAACACACGUGCCGUGUCGGUGGCGAGCGCUCCCAUUCACACCACACGUGCCGUAUCGGUGGCGAGCGCUCCCAUUCACACCACACGUGCCGUGUCGGUGGUGACCUUGCGCUGCUGCAGUCGCCUUUGUAGCCCGAUCGCCACAGACCAGCACAUGUGCCGCACGUACGCCCUGAUGCCGCGCACCCUGCCGCACAGGUACGAGCCCGCUCAGUGGUGGCGGCCAGCCCACUUCUGA